GCCCCCUUCUUGCUGAUUGCUCUUGCUGGCCUCUGCCUCUACUUCGCUGACGCGACAGCGAGCUCGCUCAACCACAGAGGUUGCUUCCAGCAUCUACUACCGUGGUCAUCACCAACACUUCAAGGACUAUGAUGUUCUCUGGAAUGUCACACUUUCCUGCCUACAUGGCUUCCCAGGGACUUGCAUCUACAACUUCGACGUCUACAAGUACCACGGUUACCACCAAUACCACCACCACAAUGACAAGUGGCUUCAAUCUGUAUGUGAAAACUCCGGCAUCACCUUGGGUUGAUAACGCUGGCUUAGUCAGUGUGGCUUCUCUACCUGUUACCAUGAGUGUAAACUCAAUAGUAACUCCUGUAAUGACAUAUGGACAUCUGGAUAGUAUGGAGAACAACUGGAAUCUUCACCCACAAGAACAAGGAAGUUUUCUUCAUCAGGAAAACAAAUACAGUGCUUGGAAUAAUACAUUCAUUGAUUAUGGUGAUGAGAUUGCCAUUUUGUAUAACGAAGUGGAAAAAGUGAAACUGGACCAGAAGAGGCUGGAACACGAAUUGAAUUGUAUCCUGACACAGCAGAAGGAACUAGAACAUCUGUUGAUUCCUUUAGAGGAGUUUUUGAAGGAACAGAAUGGGCCUUUAAAUGUGUUUAUAGAUAAAGAGUAUGAGAUAAUUUACAAAUUAGCAGAGCAUAUAGAUGCUGAGCUGAAAAAAAUGUCUCAAGAUCUCAGGGACAUUAUUGUUUACCUGAAUUCGCUUGCACGUCCUGCUAACAUUGAUGAACAGCUUCAACAGAUCUCCAAAAUUCUGAAUGCUCAUAUGGAGUCUCUCUACUGGAUCAGUCAGAAUUCAGGCAUAAUGUAUCAGAAGGUCCAAGAGAUUACGAAGGUUUUUGAGAAGUUCCGCAAGGAACAGGAGAAGAACAUGAAGACUGCCUUUUAAUACCUAUUGCUCCAACCUGCUCCAUUUGGAUUAUUCAUUUACCCUGAUGCUAUUAAAUAGAGUAGUGUUUACUUUUACCUCUUAAUCUUUGAUUGCAAUAAUUUGUGCAUGUGUUCGAACAGUUUUCAUUUAAAUACUGUGAAAAGAAGUAUACAUUUUUUUUUCUUUCAUAAUGAAGUAAGAUCAGGACUGAGGGCCUAGCUUAGUUAUAGAGCCUUACCCAAAAUGAAGUAAAAGGUAUUUUAGCUCCCUUGCCCAGACAGAUGCUUAUGAGGUAUUGCUUUUGUGUUACAAUCUCUAUUUUACUUACUUAGAUUCUAUAUACCAUCACCAGUACCCACCAACUUCCUACUGCAGCUUCAUUGUGGGAAGAUGUUUGGCAAAAUGCACAUGCCAAACAGUCUUGGCUGAGCAUUUGCCAUUCCCCUAAAAUGCUAGAAACUGCAGAGCCUAAGUGAAAUUUGCUGUCUACUCUGAUAUGUAAUUGAACAAUUUGGGCAAUGAAAAGAAGUGUCUCAUGAGUUAGAGCAAGUGUCUUUAGGGACAAGUGUCAGAGAAGUUACGGAUUAAGGAUUUUAAUUAGGGAUUUAAUGUUUCUUAUGGUACUAAAGAUCAAACCCGUGCCACGCUCUUGGAUUAUAUACCCAGCACUAUAUAAAUACCUCAGUGUUUUUUUUUAAUCAAGAUUUUACUGUAUAGCCUAGGCUGGCUUGGAACUUACAAUCCUUCCUGCCUCAGUUUUCCAGGUGCCACCACACCUAGGUAUCCUAGUGAUUUUUAUCAUUUGUUUUGUUUUAGCAUAUGAUAUAGCGCUGUUUUGUGUGACUUUUUAUGUUUUUAAAGAAAAAAACCUUAUUCUUAGCUUUUAAAUAUCUUCAUCUCUUGU